CGUCACUGCGCAUGCGUCGUUCACCGCUCGUUCGCUCUGUUGACAAAUGUGAGCAGUGCCCUCCUCUGUCUGCAAUUUGGCGACAAAAAUGUUUUUUCUGGGAUUGUGGUGACGCUGUGAGGUUUCAGGUGGACGCUUUAUGACGCUGUGAAUCCGGGCUGAACUGGCAUCAUGCUCAAAUGGCUUUCUGGGGAGGAGGGGGCGCCCGGCUCUGCACAGGGUCCAGGCUCUCCGAGCGCCGCUGCAGGCGGCGGCGGCGGCGAGGUGGCCGUGGAGGAAAUGGCGGAGCGGCUCGGACAAACGGAGCUGCUGGUCGCUCAGCUGAAGGAGUUGAUCCGGGAGAAGGACGCGGCACUCAGCGCCAAAGAGGACCAGCUUAAGGUGGAGAAGGAGACGUGCGAGUCCAAGCUGUCCAAGCUGCGUCUGCAGAACAAGGCCAAGGUGACCUCGCUGACCUCCCAGCUGGAGGAGCUGAGGAAGCAGCAGGGAGGUCAAGGCACGCCCACCCGCGGAAAAAAGGGCUCAUCGGAGGCGGAGCACGCCAGUCGGGGAAAGAUCGUCCUGUUGAAGAAGAAGGUGGAGGAGCUGGAGCAGCAGCUCGCACAAAGACAAGAGGAUCUGGAUCACAAGAGGAAGGAGGUGGAGUCGCAGCGGCAGCGCGGCGAGGAAAUGGACGCCAUGCUGACGGAGAGGGACAGGAAGCUGGCAGAAAAGGAGGCGUACAUCGUUCACCUGCAGACGGCGCUGGCGGGAGAUCAGCCCGCCGCGCCGCCCCCACAGAUCAAGGAGGCGGAGGACGGCGCAGCGAUGCAGGAGCUGCAGCUGCUGGUGCAGAGCCUCACCAGGAAGGUGGGGGAGGCGGAGGAGCGCUACAGUUUGCUGCAGGAGCAGGCGGAGAGCCUCAAGGAGCUGGUGGCCUCGGAGAAGGAGCAGUACCUCCAGAAGGAGAGCAUGUACAAACAGAACAUCCAGACAUUCAAAGACAUCAUAAUUCAGAAAGACAGUCAGCUGACGGAGAUCAGCCAGAUGCACGAGCAGGAGCUCUUCAAGCUGGCGGCCAAGUCCGACGCCAGCGCGGACCUGGAGCAGCUUUUGAAGGCCCUGAAGCAGAAGCUUCAUGAGAAGGAGGAGGUGCUUCUGGGUAAAACGCAGGUCAUCGAUGUUCUCCAGGGAGAGGUGGACGGCCGGGACCAACAGAUCCAGGAGCUGGUGGAGCGGCUUCGUCGGCUGCACGUGGAGCGAGAGAGUCUGGCCUCCAGGAUGGAGGCGGAGAAGCACGUGAUGCGAGCGCAGCUCCGCGACCUGAUGGAGAAGCAGCAGGCGGAGGUGCAGCGCUUGACGGAGCAGCACCGCGCCCUGAUGGACCAGGCGCAGCGGGAUCUCCAGGUGCAGCCGGAGGAGCCCAGGAGCCCCUCCGGUAGAGCGCCAACACCUAGCCGGGAGGCGGAACCGGGCGCCGCCCACAGGACGGAGGAGCUGGAGGCUCGAGCGAAGCAGAAGACGGAGGAAGCCAGAAGAGCAGAGGACAAGUUCCUUAAAAUGAAGGCGUGGUCUAAAACCCGGAUCAGACAGCUGGAGGAGGAGCUAAGGAAAAGCCAGGGUGGAGGCGCCCCCCCGGACCUGACUGCCCUGCGGAGUCGUGUCACAGCACUGGAGGAGGAGAGAGAGGAGAACAUCUGGAAGGUGGAGCAGUACGAGGAGCUCAAAACAAAGAACGAGAGGCUGGAGGCCAAGCUGGAGGUGUACGAGGAGCAGCAGAGGACACUGCAAGCCGACCUGGAGCAGUUCACCAAGAGGGCCGCCUCGCAGGCCAGCGAGUCCGGCAGCGCCGACGAGGCCCAGAGCCAAGUGCUGGAGUGGCAGGAGAUGGUGGGGGAGGCGGUCAGCGCCAGGGACCGGGCCAAGGAGGAGCAGGCGGCCAUGGCCCUCCGCAUCAGCCACAUGGAGGAGGAGAGAGAGGCACUGGCCACCCGGCAGCGGGAGUUGGAGGAGGAGCUGACUCAAGCUCGGGGGCUCGGCCACCCCCCCCGGGCCAAGGCGCCGCCCCCCCCCGCCCAGCGGAGCCUGCAGGACGACUUUGAGUUUGACGGACAGGCGUCGUUCCAGGACCCCCGGAGCCCCUCGGAGAGCACGACCCCGAUGGAGGGAGAGAACAUGGGAGGUUGGUGGCCCGAGUACAGUGCCCCCGACACAGAUGGCCUGCGCUCUGUGGUGGAGGAGCUGGAGCUGGAGAGGAACCAGUUGCAGGAGCAGAUCCUGAGCCUGGAGGAGCACUGCCAACAUCUGGAGGACCGGCAGCAGCUGCAGGCGCGCAUUGAGGCCUUACAGAACGAGUCGGAGAGACUUCAGAGCCAGCUGGCCGCCGUCCGGACUCAGCAGAGCCGCGACGCAGAGAACCACCAGCUGCUGGUGGCCAGCCUCAACGAGCAGCUCAAAGGGCUGAGCAGCACACAGGAGUGCCUGGAGAGCUCGCUCAUCGAGAAGGAGAACACGUUGGCCAAGACGUCGGAGAAGCUGGAGCUCAUCAGCAGCCUCCGAGAGUCUUUGAGCGAGAAGGAGGCCGAGUGCAGAGAGGCGUCGGACAAGCUGCUGCAGGCCGAGCACGCCCUCGAGGACGUCUCUGUUAAGUGCAGCAGCUCAGAGAAGCAGUGCUCCGAGCUGAGGGCAGAGGUCGUCGACCUCGCUCAGAAGCUGAGCGCGCUGAAGGAGAAGACACAAAAGCAGGAGGUCACUGUCGACACUUUACAAGCGGAGCUCGACCAGACCAACGAAGAGCUGGACAAAUUAAACUCCGCCCACCUGGAGGAACGAGCCCAGCUCAUUCACGACCUCCAGGGCUGCGAGCGGGAGAUCGACAGACUCAAAGACGUGCUGCUGGAAAAGGAGGAGGAGAUCCAAACCCUCUCUGGGAACAUGGCGGAGUACGCGGAGCAGGUCACGGUGCUGAAGCAGGAGGUCAAGCUCAAAGAGGAGAACCUGGUCCGCGUUGAGAGCGCUCUGAGUAAGGCAGAGCGAGAAGCCGCCGUCGUCAGAGAGUCGCAGACCUCAGAUCAGCAGGCGCUGGACAGCAAGAUCACACAACUGGUGGAGAAGGUGAAGGACGCUGAGGCGGAGCUGCUCAAGUCCAAAGAGGAGCGGGAGGCCAAAGAGGCCGAGGCGGAACGUCUGAGGGAGCAAACUGAAGAGGACAGGAGAGCUAUCCUGGACCUUCGGGGGGAGGUCCAGCAGCAGCUGGUGAGCCAUCGCAGUCAACUCUCUGAACGUGAAGCUCACGUCGCUGCACUGAAGGAACAGCUCACCGUCUCCACGCAGAAGCUGCAGGAACUCCUCCUGCAGCUCAAGGACAGGAGCACCAGCAGCGAGCAGCUGCAGCAGCAACUCCGUGACAAGGAACAGACGUAUGAAAGGGAACUCAAGUCCUUCAAGGAUGAGAAGAACGGACUCCUGGCACAGGUGGAGAAAUACAGCAGUGAAAUGCAGAUGUUGUCCAAACGGUUAGAGGAGCAAACACAGAGUGAGGAGCACAUGAGGAGAGCGAUUCAAGAGAAACAGGAAACCAUCGAGACGCUGGAAGGCCGACUAAAGACGACCGACAAGCAGGCAGAGGACGAGAGGCAGAAGUUCAACGACCACCUGAAGGAUCGGGAUUCAGAGAACGAGAAACUGAGCAGCGAACUUCUAAACAAAUCCGAAAACGUCUCCAAACUCAAGAAUGUGUUGAAAAGCAUCAAGACGGAGAAGAAGCAGCUCCAGGAGAAACUGCAGGGGCUGACGGAGGAGCUGGAGCAGCAGAAGCAGCGCGUGGAUCGGCUCACGGAGAAGAUCGCCGCCGCUCAGGAACUCAACCGCAGUCUCGUGGAGCAAGUGGACGUUCUCACUGAAGAGAAAGCCCGACUGCAGCGUGAAGCAGCCGCCGGCCUGGAGAGCGUUGGAGGAGUCGCGCUCCAGAGGGACGCGCUGGAGACGCAGCUCUCACAGAACAGAGCCGCCAUCCAAGAGCUGGAGAGCGACAAAGAGCGUCUGACUCUUCUUCUCGAGCAGAGCUCCCAGACUCUGCUGGCCAAAACCACCGAAUGCACGAACCUGGAGCAGCAGGUCCGAAGCUUGUCAGCCGAGGCGGAGCAGCUCCAGCACCAUCACCGAUCACAGAUGGAGGCCCAGCAGAAGCAGCAGACAGAACUCCAGGAGGCGCUGUGUCUGCUGCGAGAGCAGGAGGGCCGCCUGAGGUCCGAGCUGCAGAGCGAGGUCACACUCCAGAAGAACAUCGUGAUCCAACUGGAAGCCGAAGCUGCGUCGCUGACGGAGGAACGCUCACAGCUCCGCCUGCUGCUGAGGGAGCGAGAGGACGCGCUGAGCAGUGCGGCGCGUCACAGCCAGACGCACAAGGAGGAAGUGGACGCCGCAAACGACGCCGCAAAGUCUCUGAGCGAGCGGAUCCGCCUCCUGGAGGACGAGGGCGCGAAGCGGGAGGCCGAAGCGGAACGGAUGCGCGCGGAGCACGUCGGCCUGAACGCCCACGUGCAGGCGCUGACGGAGCAAAACCACCAGCUGCGCGCCGCGUGCGAGUCCACCAGGAAGGAGCUGUCCCUGCAGAGCGUGGCCCGGGCCCAGCUGGACGCGCAGCUCAGAGACGCGUUGGAGCAGAACGCCGACCUCAGCCUGAAGAUCAGCAGCCUGACGCAGAGCAACGCCAAGUCGCUCUCUGAACUCGCCGCCGACAGGAGUUUACUGCAAGAGCAGAACUCUGAGAAUCAGAAGGUUAUUGGCGGCCUGUUGGAGGAAAAGGAGAAGCUGUUGCAGGAGAGAGAGGAGCAAGUCGGUGGACUCCGCCUGUCGCUGGACGAGAAGCAGACCGAGCUGCUGCACCUCCAGGACACGGCGUCCAUGCUCCAGCAGCAAGGCUCCGUGCUGAAGGCCGCGCUGCAGCAGAAAGCCGAGGAGCUGGAGGCGCUCCUCUCCCAGAAGCAGAGCGAGGUAGAGACGGUCAGGAGGGAGACGGACGCGGUCCAGGAGCAAAAAGAGCAGACCGUCAAAGCCCUGAGGGAGGAGUUUGAAAAGCAGAAGGAGGAGCUGAGCAGGCGGAGCGAGUCUGUGUUCUCCCUCAGCGCGCAGCUCGCCGCCAUGAACCAGAGCGCCGCCGACACGGAGGCGGCGGUGCAGAGGCUCGAGGCCCAAAACGCACAGCUGACGCAGAGCGAGGAGCGGAGCAAAGCAGAGACGGCCCAUUUGAACGAUGGCCUCCGCGCCCUGAGGGAGCAGAACGCAAGUUUACAAUCCAAACUCCAGGAGGCGGUGACUGAGAUCUCCGCGGCACGCCGAGAGGCCGAACGUCUCCACGCGUCCGUCUCCGAGGGGGAAGACAAACUGCUAAAUGCAGGCUUGGAGAAGCAGAGGCUUUGUUUGAUGGUGCAAACGAAAGACGAGUCCCUGCAACAACACGAGACUCUGAUCCAGCAUCUCAACGUGAGGAUCACUGAGCAGGAGGAGACGCUGCAGCAGAAAGACCUCCACAACGCCACGCUGACUGCAACGGUUUCAGAGCUGGAGGAUUCUACCUGUGGACUCCGAGGACAAGUCGACCGUCUUUCUUCCGAGUCUUCCCUACUUAGAAACUCUCUGGAGAAAAAAGAACAGCUGAUCCUUGAAUACCAGAGUGAUUCUUCAGCUGCCGUCGAGGAUCUCCGAUGCAAACUACAAGCCAAAGAGGCAGAGUGUGAGGGAUUGAAAGAACACACUUCUCACCUGGAAGAGUCGCUCACAAAGCUCAGCAGCAGCCUCCACGCACACACGUCUGAGGCGCAGAGCCUGAAACAGGCCCUCCAGGAAAAGGAGGCGGCUCUUUUGGACCAGUCAAAGUCUCUUGGGGAUAUUCAGAGACGAGCCGACGAGGCGGCGCUCUUGGAGGCUCGGUCCAGGGAGAGCACGGAGAUGGUGUCCCAACUUCAGAGUAAACUUCAGCUCCUGUCUGCUGAGUGUGAACAGCUCAGAACGUCUGCAGGGGAAACGCAAAGUGCCUUCAACAACCUUCAAGAGAAAUAUGCUGCUGACCUGGAGGAGCUGCAGGAGGCGAGGAAGCAGCUGUCCCAGUCCACAGAGGAGGUGUCCAGCCUGCAGAGGCUGCUGGACGACGCCGGCGCCGAGCGGCAGACGGCGAGGACAACGAUAGAAACGCUGAGAGACGAGUCGUCUCGGCUCCACCACAAAGUUCAGGAAGCCCAGGACCUGUCGACUCAAAAGGACGAAGCUCUGGCUUCUCAUCAGGCCAGCGUGUCGCUGCUGACCGCGGAGACGGAAGGACUCAAAGCACAGCACCUGCAGGUCGUGGCCCAGAUGAACGCGCUGACGGAAAACCUGGAGCAGAGGGAAAUGGCUCUGCACGCAAUCAACAGCCAGUACACCUCGCAGGCCAAGCACACGUCCCAGCUGGUCUCACAGAUGCAGAAGCUGGAACAGCAGAACAAGCGACUGAACGAGGAGAAGCAGGAGCACCAGAAGCGCCUCAAAGCCGCCGCCAAUGAGAACACGCGUCUGCAGGAGGAGGUUAGGAAACAUCUCGCAGAGAGGGAGGAGCUGGAAAGGAGGUAUCACCAAGUGCAGGGGGAGCUGCAGGUCCAGGUGCAGCAGCAGUCGAGCAGCCUGAGCCAAAUAAUGGAGCAAACGAUGUCCGAGAAGGAGAGACUUCAAGCUAAGGUCAGUGCCGGAGACCGAGAGGUCUCUCUAUUAAAAGAAAACAUUGAAAAGAUAGAACAGAUUCUGCAGGAUUCUGAGAAAGAGUGGCUGUUAGUUCUGGAUAGAGAGAAGCAGGAUAAAGACCUGCUUGCAGAGCAAUUGAAAAGUGUUGAGAAUGAGAUGAAGUCUAAAGAUGUGAAAGUCUCUGCUUUGAAGGCAGACCUGGACGUCCUGCAGCAGACGCUGGCAGAGGCCUCGUCUGCGAUCCGGCAGGGCUCCGAUCAGCUGAGCGCCAAAGAGGCGGAGGCGGCGGCGUCCAGGGUUCAGCUUGAGAAGGUUCUAGAGUCGGUCCGGCAGAAGGAUAAAGACAACAGCCAUCUGCAACAGGCUCUGAAAGCUGCAGAACAAGAGCUGCACAAGCUUGUAGGGCGAAAAGCUGGUGGCGACAAAGAGUGUGAGAGGCCAGCUGCUUCCUUACUGGACAUGAUUCAACAGUUAGAAGAAAGCCAUCGGGCCGAGCUGGAGGCUCUGGAAGAUCGACAAGCUGCUCUUCUGAAAGAGAAGGCGGAUCUGCAGACUCGACUCGAUGCCGAGGAGGAGUCGGUGAAAGAAGCUGCUGACAAACACUCCUCUUUACAAGCAAAAGAUGAGCAGAUCGGCUGUUUGAGCGCUCAGAUCGCCGGACUGAGCCAGCAGCUGAGGGAGAGAGACGCGUCCAUCGGCCACCUCAUGGAGGCGGCCUCCACUGAGAGGAUGAAGCUCGGGGAGGAGACCAGGUCUCUGACGGCACGGUUGGAAAGCACAGAAGAAGAACUCCAAGCCUCCAGGAGGCGGUUCGAAGAGGUUUCCCAGCAGUUGGAGGAACGUCUGCGUGGCUCUCUGGGAGAAAUCGAGUCCAAGAACUGUGAGAAGCUCGAGCUGAUCAGCAAAAACGACGAUCUGAAGAGUGAACUGGCCAAGGUGUCCAAAGAGAGAGACGCAGCGAAGAAGAAGCUCCAGGCCGCUCUGCUCGUCAGGAAGGAUCUGAUGAAAAGAAUUGAGCACAACGAUAAAAGCGAGCAGGAGAAAUUAGAAGAAGCCAAGGUCUCUGCAGAGAUGUAUCAGGAGAACAUUUCUCUCCUUGAAAAGAAGAUUCUCUACCUCACCACAGAAAGUCAGAGCCUGGUGGAACAAUGGCAGUCAGAGAAACACCUGCUGCAAGCUGCGCUGAGUGAGCGGGAGCAGAGUUCAUCGGAGCAGCGCUCCGUGGUGGAGCAGCUGCAGUCCAGAGCGGCCGAGGCCGAGGAGGCGUACCAGCGAGACCGCGCCGCCUGGGAGCUGAAAUCACAGGAGCUUCAAAAGGAACUCAGGACGUGCCGAGAAGAACCAGAGGACGCAGCUUCCUCCACGGCUUCCGCCGUCCAUUUGGAAAAGGAGCUGGCGCAGAUGAAGCUGGAGAAGGCGAAGGUGCAGAAGAAGGCCCAGGCUGCUCUGCUGGCUCGCAAAGAGACGCUGAAGAAAGCUCAGGAGAACGAAAAGAAGUUAAGCCAAGAGCUGGCAGAGCUGAAGGACGACUACAAGGCUCUGCUGCAGCAGCGCUGCCAGCAGACCAACGAGCUCAAUGCCCUCCAGCUGGACUUGGGCCAGAAGGUCACGGAGCUGGAGGAACUCCGUCUCAGAUCGUUGUCCGAUCUGGACGAACUGGCCACUUUGAGGCAGCUUGUGGAGGAGAGGGAUAGAACUCUGCAGGGUGUGAAGAUGUCUCUGGCGGAGAAGGAGAGCCAGUGCCACUCUCUGGCUCACCUGCAGACGGAGCUUGAAGAUGUUAAAUCCAAGUUCGAGAGCUCGUCUCUUGAGGUGGCGAGUGGAAACGAGGCUCUGGUAGCCGCGGAGCGAAGAGCAGACGCACUGGAAUCCAAACUUCAGAUGGUAGAGAAGGACUUGGAGAAAGCUCACGCAGACUUAAAGGAGCGAGCAGAACAAGUUGAGAGGCAUCAGGAAGCAUUUGAAGCUGCUGAGCUGAAGACCCAGCUGGAGAAGGAGGAUUUAUGGAACCAGCUGAGAGUCUCUCUGGAACAAGUGCACAAAAAUGAGGACAAAUACCAACUCCUGAUGGAGCAGAACCAGGCUCUUUUGGAGAAAGGUGCCCAGAUGAAAGUGGAACUUGAGGCUUUAACGUCUCAGAAAGCAGCAGAAACGCAGCAGCAGCUCAGGGACCAAAGUGCUGCCGCUGAGGAGCUCGAAAAAGCCCAACUGCUUUGUUCUGAAACACAAACAAAGUUGGAUUUGUUAAAGCAAGAGAAGGAAAACGCGUCCAGGUUGGUUGCUGAGCUCAGAGCUGAGGUCACAGCUCUGAAUGAGGAGCGCCACAAACAGGAAGUGAAAGAGGAGCCCUGUUCCUCCAGUAGCUCCCAUGACGCCCUGUCGGCUUCGCAGGCUCCGCCCUCAGAAACGGAAGAAAUGAUCCCUGCACCCCAACCGCAGUCUCAGCAUCCACUCCAAGUGCACGAGAGUGAGGUUGAGAAGAUGAGAACGCAGGCUGAGCUUCAAAGAUCUCCAGACGGCGGCUCCAAAGCCCAGGAGAGCAAAGUGUGUCUCCUAACCAGGAAGCUCCAAGCAGCUUUAGUCUCCAGGAAAGAGCUCCUGAGGGAAAACGCAACCCUCAAAGAAGCCGCAGAGACGCUGUCUGCUCAACACGAGCUGUCGCUGCUGAAGUUAAAACAUCAGAACGCGGCGCUGCAGAGCGACAACGAGCAGCUCGGCAGCCGGGCCGCCGGCGCCUCGGCCGACAACCGCAGCCUGAAGCUGACCAUCGAGAACAUCACGCAGCAGAAGCAAGCCUUCUCCUGCCAGCUGGAGUCUCUGAAGGACUCUCAGACGGAGGAGCUGUCCAAGUGGAGGGUGAAGCACGCCGAGCUGAAACGGGAGUGCGAGUCUCUGCUGGAGGCGUACGAGAACACUAAAAGAGAGCGGCAGGAGGCCCUCCAAAAAGUCCACCAGUGUGAGACCGAGAUGGAGAUCCUGGACAGGCGAGCUCGAGAGACGGAGGAAGACAACGGGAGAAUUAAAGAGCGGAUGCACAGGUUCUCCAAAGAGAAGCGGCAGAAGAUCGAGGAGCUGGAGGAGGAGAACCUGAAGAUUAGAGGAGGCCUGAUUGAGCUCGAGGAAAACCACAAACUGGCAACGCGCGCGCUGACCGAUGAAGGUCUCCGAUUGCGGGCGGAGAUCUGCAGACUCGAGGAGAAGCUCAACGAGUUCCAGGCCGAAAAGGAGCGACUGGCGGCGGAGCUGGAGGAGGCGAGCCGCUCGCACUCUGAAUCAAAGACCUACACCAACGCCAUGCAGCUCAAACUGGACGAAGCACUCGGUCUGAAUCGCUCGCUCACGGCUCAGAUCGAGACCCAGAAGUCAGAACUCGCUGCUCAGAUGGAAGUCGACGUCCUGCUGCAGAAGGAGAAGCAGGACCUUUGUGAGCGGUUGGAGAAGAUGCAGAGCGAUCACGAGCUGCAGCUGGGAAAGAGCGCCGAGGACGUGGACGAGCUCAAGGACGCCAUCGACCAACUCACCCGAGGGAGCGCCGGCCUCAGCGAGAAGGUCACGGUCCUGGAGGACGACAGGCGUCUCCUCCAGGAGGAGCUGGAAAGCCUUCAAGGGAUUUUAAAGAAUGUGAAGAAUGAAAACGAACAUCUGGAAACGGUGAUCCUGAGAAACUCUGAGACAAUCGAGGAACUCGGCGAGUCCGUCUGCGUGUUGCAGGCGAGCAGCGAGCAGCUCUCCUCGCAGCUGGCGGCGAGCCAGGAGGCGAGCGGUCGGGUUCGCCAAGAAAAGGAGGAGGAGCAGCUCAAACUGGUCCGGGAGUUUGAGAAGAAGCUCGAGGCGGUUCAGAGAGGCAGCGAGGGCUCCAAGAACGUGAAGAAAGAACUGCAAGAGCUGCUCCGCGAAAAGCACCUGGAGAUAAAUCAUCUGCAGCAAAACUGCAUCAGAUACCAGGAAGUCAUCUUGGAUCUGGAGAGCGCUGUGAAGAGCUCACGUUCAGCCACUGUGCACCUGGAGAGCGAGUUGAGGAAAAGCUCCCAGCAAGCAUCAGCUUCAGAGGAGCGAAGCAAACUGGUGGAAGCUGAGCUGAUGAGGCACAAGGAUCUCCUCCAGGAGGCCACGAAGAAGAUCCAAAACGCCGAGUCUGAACGAGACCAGCUGGCUCUGGACAUCUCGCAGGGAACCAAGACACCUGAGGAUAACGAAACCCCAGAAUCAUCAUCGCAUAGAGAUGAGAAACAAUCCAAUUCUUAUUUGGAGAAUCAGCUCAUGCUACAGCAGCAGAUAGAGGACCUGAAGGACCUGAAGGACAAAGAGAGUCAGAAAGUGGAGGAGCUGAAGCAGAACUUGGACGCUCAAGACCUUCAGAUAAAUACCCUGAAGAGGUCGGCGGUGACCAACGAAGCCAAGCUGUCCGCCGUGUCGGCCUCUCCUCUUGGCGCCGAUGCCUCCAAGCGCUGGAGUCAUUUGUACCAGAAGACGCUCCACGAGAAGGACAGCCAGCUCCUGGAGCAGGGCUUCGUCAUCAAGCGCUUCCUGGAGGACAUGAGAGUGAAGGACAAAGAGGUGAGCGAGCUGCGAGUGACCAAGUCCCGGCUGGAGAGGACCCUCAGCGAGUACUCGGUGGCCGCCGCGGCGCAGCAGAGGCAGCUGUUGGUCCUGGGCGCCAACAACGCCGAGCUCUCGGAGGCCGUGGAGCUCCUGGGCGCCCAGGUGAAGGAGCUCGGCGCUCACGCCCGCAGGAUGGAGCACGACAAGAACGCGCUGAACGGACAGCUCGCCGACAAGGAGGACCUGAUUUCCCGGGUGCAGCUGAAUUUGCAGCAGGUGGAGAAGACCAACGCCGACUCGGAGGCCCAGCUGUUCCUCUCGCAGGCUCUGAGGGACAAGGUCCAAGCGGACUUUGAGAAGCAGGAGGGGAUUUCCCUCCAGCUGAAGACGCUCCUCCACAGCAAAGACGCAGAGAUCUCGUCCUUGUUGUCCUGCAGAGACGGGCAGAUGUCCGGAUACCUGGAACAGCUGCAGGCGAACCACCGCGCCCAGCUGGCCGUGUACGAGGACCGGCUGGCCUCCUCACGCUACCAGAGAGAGAAGGCCGACAAAGAGCUGAGAGGCCUCGAAGCCAAGGUGAAGAGCCUGCAAGGCAAAGUCAACACGUCCAUCCAGGAGAAGGACCAGGCGGCGGCCAAGAUGGAGUCCUUCAAGAACUCCAUGGUGUCCCUGCAGAGCGAACGGGAGCGCCUGACGUCCGAAUGCAGGAUGCUGGAAGCGAAGACCCGGUUGGGGUUAAAGGGGCGGGACGGCUCGGCCGACGGGGAAGGAGGCGCCACCAAAGGCCUCAAGCAUGAGAUCCGCAAGCUGCUGCAUCAGAUGGAUGAUCUCAACUCGGAGAACGCCAUGCUGCGGGCUCAACUGGUCCGGUACCGAGAGGAUCUGAACCAGGUCUUGUUCCUGAAGGACAACCAGCUGAAGGUGCUGCUGAAGAAGCAGACGCAGGUGAUCAAAGACCUGGAAAACCAAAACGCUGCAGCCGAGAAGCAGCACACGGAGUCUCGGGCGGAGCUUCUGAAGGAAGAAGAGGCACAUAACGUUCUGCGGGCGGAGGCAUCUGAACUCAAAGCUCAGCUGGUGAGUGUGGAGGCCGACCUGCUGGCUCUGAAGCAGCAGAGAGGCUCCACCGAUGAAGGCAAAGUCAUCGCUGACCUGCAGGAAGCCGUCGCCGCCAAGGCGGCUGAAUGCAACGACCUCCGGCAGAAGCUCCAUUCUCAGAGAGUCCAGACUGGGGAGCUGAGGGACCGAAUGCAGCGGCUGGAGAGCGAGACGGACCAGAAGCUGUCUGAGGCCGAAGACAAGUACAACGGCGAGCUGGACGCCUCGGAGCGCGAGGCGGCGCUGAUGAGGACUGAGCGCGAGGCGGCGGACCUCAGGGCGGCCGACCUCGCCAAAGAGCUGCUGGAGGCGGGGCGGCGCCUCUCGGACGCCCGGGCUCAGCACGGGUCCAUGAGCGGAGCCAUGGCCGCCCUGCAGAACGACCGGGACCAGCUCAUCCAGGACUUCAAGGUCCUGAGGGACGGCUACGACGCCGAGCUCCGGGAGGCGCGCGCCGCCGCGCACAAGGCGGAGCGCGGCCUGCGGGGCGCCGCCGCCGACCGGGCCGCGCUGGCCGCGGAGAGGGAGGUCCUGGUGCGGAAGGCGGCGGCCUUGGAGAGCGGCGACGCGCCGGCGGCGCUGAGCGCGCUGCUGGACCAGCUCUCCAAGGAGCUGGCGGAGAAGGAGCGCGCCCUGAAGGCGGCGGCCCUGGACAACGAGGCCUUGAGCAAGCAGCUGUCGGCCUUCUCCGGGUCCAUGGCCAGCCUGCAGAGCGAGCGCGAGCGGCUGAUGGAGCAGCUGGCCGGCGCCAGGCGAGAGGGGGAGGGGCCGGAGCCGAAGAAGAAGAUGGACGAUGUGCAUCAGCAGCAAAACAGAGAGACGAGCGGCCACCAGCGAGGAGCCGGCGAUGUGAGAUGUGAGACCCAGAGGAAGGACGAGCAGGCCGACGAGGCGGUGCGGCUCCUGGAGGAGGAGAGGACUCGGCUGCAUGGAGACCUGCGGCGCUGCCUGUACGAGAUCCAGCAGCGAGACCAGUACGCCCAGCAGCUCGACCUGAAGCUGCAGCAGGAGAAAGGCGCCGCUGCAGCUCAGAUGAGAGACGUGUCUCAGACCCUGAGGGACGCCCAGGACCGCUGCCGCUGGCUGGAGAACCAGGUCCAGUCUCAGGGGGCGGUGUCUGCAGAGGUCGCCCCCGGAGCCCCCCAGGAGAGGAGCGACGACCCCUCGAUGGCCAGUCAGCUCCGAGAGAGGCUGCUGGAGCUGGAGCAGAGCCUGACCGAGGAGAGAGCCAGGAGGGAGGCGGCUGAGGAGGCUCUGCAGCUGACUGAGGGCGGGGCCAAGAGGGACUUCAGCAUCGAGAUGGAGGCGGAGGAGGAGUGGGACGCCGGCAGCCUGGACCCGAGCCAGCCGCUCAUCACACGAAAGGUGAGAGGCGGCGCGGCGGCGUUCCGGCGCUGGAUCCGGGGGCGGAGCCUCUACUUCUCGCGGCUGCUGACGGGCCGCGCCCGCUCGCGGUACUUCUUCCUGUGCUACCUGCUGGCGGUGCACCUGCUGGUGCUCUUGUGCCUCACUGGAGCCCUGUAGCCCCCACGUGCACUGCAAAGCAUGCUGGGACUUCACGGGUGUCGCUCACACUGGUUAAUGUCGAUGACGGGUGGAGGUACAGGUGGUGCUGAGGAGAACCCAGCACGCCUUUUAUCUUGUUUCUAUUUAUCGGAGCGCAGCGCUUUGAUGCGACGCUCGCCUUUUUGUUUUUGGAGACCGUGGAAGAAAACUUGAAUUGCCUGAGAAGCUGCAGGAAGCCAUAUCCAGAUGUUCUGAUUGGUCGAGAGCCCCCGCCCACUGUCAUAUGCUGAGUUUAAACUAUGCAGCUCCACAUGUGUAAAGAGUCCGAAGCACUACAGCCUGCUGCAAGCCAAAGAAAAUCCACUGAUCUUUCUGGCUCCUCCAUGGAUCUAUUCGAUUAUGAUGAUGAUGAUGAUGAAGAUGUGUACAUAGAGCGUGUGAUUGACAGACAAAACAAUAAAUCUAUUUAUGAGAAAAGGGUUGACUACUGAAA